AUGGAGACACGGUCGGCGGUCAGCGGGAAGGAAACCACGCAGAUAACACCGAGCGGCAGGGGUGCAACACGCGCACCUGAGGGCCGUCACGCGUCCGUGGGCGCUGCAGCUGCUCGUGACGCGACCCUCGUGUUCCCCGAGGCACCGAAACGCAUGAGCCCUAUGGCAACACGUCGUCUGCAUAAAGAGCUCUCGGACUGGCACCUUUCGGGGCGGACCGCGGAGAGUAACCCACAGCCGGCCAUCUUUCUGGAAACCCCGGUGACGCGCCUCGACGAGUGGUUUGUCUCCCUGCGCGGCGUCGAGUCGACGCUCUACGCAGGUGAGGUCUACCGUUUACGAUUUCGCUUUCCCAGUGAUUACCCCAUCGAAGCACCGGAGGUGGUGUUUCUGGGAAAUCCGCCGGUUCACGAACACGUGUACUCGAACGGUCAUUUGUGUCUAUCGAUUCUCUACGAUAACUGGUCGCCAGCGCUGACUGUCAACUCGGUGGCACUCUCUAUUCAAAGCAUGCUGAGCAGCGCAACUCAGAAACGACGCCCGCCAGAUAACGAUGCAUACGUGCGAAACUGCCGAGGCAGGUCGCCGAAGCACACGCGCUGGCUCUUCCACGACGAUGGGGUUUGA